AUGAGUCCCACCCCUCUGCCUCAGAGGCCCUGCCUCUUUCCCACACCUGCCCUAGACUCCGCUACUCCUGGGACUCCGAGCCUUGGCCCCACCCUUGGCCCGCCCUCAUUUGGUGAGGGACUAGGGACACUUGCUGCUUACUCCUCCUCCAAAGAGGAACUUCCAGAGACAAGAGACCUCCGUGGACACUUUCCUCCUCUUUCCAUCCCGGGCGCUCAGGGUGAGCCACCUCCAAACCUCGCUGCUGUCCCUGGGUCGGUGCAUGUCAUGAGCCCCGCGUCCCCCAAUGCACCCCCGACACUGGGGCUUCUCGGACUCUUGUCGCUGCUGCUGUCGCUGCAGUGCCUGCCCGCCGCACACGGUGCCUGCAGUAUCCCUCCAGAUAUACCCAACGCCAAGCCAGAACUGCAUGGUCUAACAAGUUUUCCUGUCGAUAGCACUGUAACAUACAAAUGUAAAGAAGGAUUUGUAAAAAUUCCUGGCAAGUCAGACUCAGUGGUCUGUCUUCAAUCCAAUAAGUGGUCAAAGCUGUCAGAGUUUUGUAAUCGUACCUGUAAUGUCCCACCUUCAUUACGUUUUGCUUCACUCAAAAAACAGUCUAGUAAACAAAACUACUUUCCAGUGGGUUUCAAUGUGCAAUAUGAGUGCCGUCAAGGUUAUAAAAGAGACAAUUCUCUGCCAGCAAUGCUUACGUGCCUUGAAAAUUUAAGGUGGUCCAAUGCCUCUGAAUUUUGUAAAAGAAAAUCAUGUCCACCUCCUGCAAAGCUACUCCAUGGUCAUGUCAGUGUAAAGACUGACAUCUUAUUGGGCUCAAUAAUCACCUUUGCUUGUGACAAAGGAUAUAGGUUAGUAGGGGAACAAGAAAGCCAAUGUAUUCUUAAGGAUAAAAAUGUUGAUUGGAGUGACCCACAUCCAAAGUGCACAGAAAUUACCACAUUGGCCCCAACAACUGAAAAAUCAACAAAAGCUCCAGCAACACCUGCCCCACCAACAGAACAGACCCAUGCAACAAAAGCUCCAGCAACACCUGCCCCACCAACAGAACAGACCCAUGCAACAAAAGCUCCAGCAACACCUGCCCCACCAACAGAACAGACCCAUGCAACAAAAGCUCCAGCAACACCUGCCCCACCAACAGAACAGACCCAUGCAACAAAAGCUCCAGCAACACCUGCCCCACCAACAGAACAGACCCAUGCAACAAAAGCUCCAGCAACACCUGCCCCACCAACAGAACAGGCCAGUACAACAACCCCUCCAGCAACACCGGUCCCACCAACAGAACAGGCUAGUACAAUAAACACUCCAACAACACCUGCCCCACUAACAGAACAGGCCAGUGCAACAAACCCUCCAACAACACCUGCCACACCAACAGAACAGGCCAGUGCAAUAAACACUGCAAAAGAACAAGCCCCACUAACAGAGCAUAUCAAUGCAACAAAAGUUCCAGCAACACCUGCUCCGACAAGAGAACAGGCCAACACAAUAAAUGCUCCAACCACACCAAAAGAACAGGCCAGUGCAACAACCCCUCCAGUCACACCUGCCCCGCCAGUGACAGAAUGGGCCAAUGCAACAAAUGCUCCAGCAAAACAGGCCCAGCCACCAACACAGCAGGCCAGCACAACAAAUGCUGCAACAAUCUCUACCACACCAACAACCAAAAGAGCCACCACAACUCGGAGUUCUACCAGAAUUGUCACCACUCAUCGUUCUACCACAACUACAUCUUUUCACACAACUAGAUCCAGCUCAACAAAGUUUCGUGGAAAAGGAACCACUCCUUCAGGUCAGUAG